AUGAAGCACAAGUGUCGAGCUCAGACACAAGGUCGAGUGACUACCACUCUUUGGUUGACACCGUUCUGUAUAUCUACCUCUCAGUUCAGUUCCCCGUACAUCAACCAAGCGGUGUGCGUGCAGGUGCCAGCACCAAGCGUUCCCGUCCCAGGUGAACAGCUGUCGCCGACCAGCGUACUCAGUGAGGGCAACGAGCACGAGUCCUUCGUCGACUGUGAGUGUGUUGACGACAGUGGACGGACCGACAGUUUAUCGGACGACCAAGUGCGACAGGACGAUAAGGAACCGGAACAAGAAGAGGUGUGCAAUGAACCGUCCUCAGAGAAGGCGAGUCCUAGCCCCAGUCCUGUGGUAGACGCGGAAAGAAAACUCCAAUCAGUGGAGAGUGUAGAAAGUGCGGUCACGGACACCGGAAGCUGUAGUGUAGCGUCGAGAUCGGUCAGUGACAACGAAGUCGGACGAAGGACAUCUGUGAUAGACCCUCCCUCGGGGUUCCAGACCAGCACACCCUCAUCAAAGGAAGAUUUGGGUGUCUGUGAGACCGAGGUAAAUGCCGAGAGUCUUCCUGAACCCUUACACCCACCUGUGGUCGAGGUUCCUCCAUGGACUAGGACAGAUCUAAGGGCUUCGGCAAAACUUUUUAGAGGACAGAGUGUAGACAAACACCAGAGGUCCGCUUCACUAACGGUUUCACAGUUAACGAUACCUUUACUGAUACCAGUGAUAUCAGUACCUACGAUUCAGGUGCCUGAGGAGGAUGAGGUUGAAAGCACUUCUGUGCUGCUAAGGCGCAGCAAGCUACUCCGCUCUGCCAGCACAGGUCAGGAGGUAGAUACUGUUGGCAACGGGAUGACUGUGACCAACCCCACUACUUCGCAGUCGUCAGUGCUGCUCGCCAAGCAUUGGGGGCCUGAGAGAGCAGUGCACGUCCUGCGCGAGCCCAACUGUAGCCUGGGUAUCAGCAUUGUCGGUGGCAAGGUUGACUUGUACAAUGCAGGACCAGACAGUGGGUCAGCAAUUUCGGGAAUUUUUAUCAAGAACGUCCUGCCACAAAGCCCGGCCGGACGUACCAAUGAGCUUAAGACUGGAGAUCGGAUCCUGGAGGUUGACGGUAUUGACCUGCGAACUGCCAGCCACGAACGUGCUGUCGAUGUUAUCAGGGCUGCAGGCAACCCUGUCCGCUUCCUCGUACAGUCGCUCGUCCAAUGGAGUGUUGACGGUGAGAGUGAAGGUGCCUCAGGGUACGGGAGAGGGGAAUCUGUGAGGAAGCGUGCCCCAGCACCACCAUCGCCCACAGACCUGUUAAAGGCCACCCCCUACCCCAUCCCCUCUCCGCGUACCCCCACCCCUGAGCUGAUCCAGGUAAACAACCACCAGGAUGGCUGGUCAGAUGGCAGGAAACAAAGUUUCCAGGGGAGAAGGGCCUCCACUAAGUCGGGUCCACCCCCAAAAGCGCCGCCCCAGAAACAAGCCUCUGUCAAGAAAUACUCAUCAGACAGUGAUAGUGAAGACGAUGAGGAAGACACGAGAGACAUGGAGGGUCGUAUCUAUACAAAAAAAGGUGUUGAGGUAAGAAUUUGUCUCCCUGACUAGUUGUGAUGGAUCUGU